UUUAUACAGGUGGAUUGUCAUUGCCAGGUGCAUUGUGCAGGCGCAAAUCAGCAUCUGAAAUGAAAAUUUGCAGUUUUUAACAACAGUUUCCAGAGUGCCUUAACGUACAGUUUCCCGAGAGCAAGGGUUAAAUUACAAAACAAAUGUCUCAGUUGCCCUCAGUGCUGGAGAAACAAUAUUUGUCCUUGGCAGCCAGAUUUAUGCGGUCCGUUUCAGGAAAUUGGCUUCAAUAAUCUGGUUUGUAAAUUGCAAAUUCCUUUUGGAGGAGUUGCGUUCUGGAUAGUUUAAGUUUGCAGCAGAGUUGACAACGACUCCCGGCUCUGCCCCACGCAUCCGACUACAAUAGCAUUCGGCUAGUUUCCCAACCAGUCGGGACGUCCGUUUCACGGUGUGUGUGUGAUCUCUCUCAGCCCCUGCACCUCCGCAGGGCUGUGGAACCGGAGCUGUAUUCGCCUGAUCGCUUCUGUUUCCCUGUGUCAGUGUGGAAGUAUUUCAGCGGGAGCUGCCAACGUGCAAAGUUACACAUUCCGGGGAUUCCCUGCGAGAACUCAAAGCCAGGAUCACAGAGGCACACACAUCGGGAGCAGAAAGUGGACGAUGUCCAGGAAGAAAGAGGCAUCAAACGUCGGGCGGUUUGAUGGAGGAAUGGAUCUCAAUGCUGCCCGGGACCUCAGAGCAGAUCCCUAUGAACAGAACAGCCUCCAAGAGACUCUGGAAAAGGCUCGUGAAAUCUUCCAGCUUUGCGAUAAAGAAGAGAAAGGCUUCAUCACCAAGAGGGAUAUGCAGAGGUUGCGGAGUGAGUCUGAUUUAUCCCUGACUCCAGAGCAAUUGGAAGACGUCUUUGAUAGCUUGGACCAAGACAAGAAUGGUUAUUUAACACCAGUAGAAUUCAGCAUGUGUCUCGGUCAAUUCACUGGCAUCAAGGUAGUGCCAACUGCGGAAAACCUAGAAAACUCGAGGCAUGAUGAAACGUUUGAAUCGGGCUGGUCAGAAGAGCUUGAUAUGGUCACGGAUCAGGAAGAGAAGCGAUUUUGUUUCAUGAUGCAACAGCUGGGAGCUUCGCAGAUCUUUGAGGAUCAAAGUGAGGUGAGGGAGUUGUGGGCCAGGCUCCAGAGAGGGAAGCCGGAACUGCUGGUGAACUUUGAACACUUUUUAGUCAAAGUUUCAUCACACAUCCAGGAGAUGCAUCAGGAGAAGGAAACCAUAGAGCAAGCACUGAAACGGAAGGAGUGUGAGCAUGACAGAGAGGUACGCUGUCUUUAUGAUGAAAUGGAGCAACAGAUCAAGAAGGAGAAAAACAAGUUAUUGAAUGAGGAUGUGUGGAGGCACAGUGAACGGAACCAUCAGCUAGAAAGGGAACUGAAGAGCAAGGAGCAGGACUUAGAAAGCAUCAUACUACAACAAAAGAAGCUGGAACAACAGUUUGAAGAGUUUAACAGUGAGCAGACAGAUGUCAGGAUCCAGAACGAGAGACUGAGACGUGUGAAUGAUGAGCUGCAGAACCAGCUGGAGAGGACGAGGCAGGACCUGGAGGUCACACGGUGUAACUUCCAGAUUCUUCAAGAAGAGACACGAAGUGAGCAUCAUAACAAAGCCAGGGAUGUUCUGAAGGUGUCCAAGAAUAUGCAAAAGGAACGAGAAAGUCUGUUAAGACAGCUAGAGCUGCUCAGGGACAUGAACAGGAAGCUUCGAGAUGAGAAGGAUGCCCAUGAAGCCAAGAAGCUGAGAUCUCCCAGAAAAAAAACACUGUUGAAGAGAGGUUCAGUGAUAGGCAAUUACCUGGUGGAAGACAAACCAGUCAAACGGCUGUGCAGUCCCACGUCUGUAGAGGACGAUGGGCUGCCAGAUGAGGAUGCAGACUGUGGGGUGGCUGGACUACCCGCACUGUCCUCCGGAGAGGAAGAUGAAGUCCCACUCUCACCCAGAGGCCAGCCAAUUGGCACUGAAACAAUGGAGUCUGAGCCAGUGAGUUCUUCCCCUGAUAGGAUGUUCAAAGUGGUAUUUAUUGGAAACUCCGGGGUUGGGAAGAGCUCGUUCAUUCAUCGUUUCUGCUAUGAUCGAUUUAUCCCUGAAACUAGUGCCACAAUUGGCAUUGAUUUCCAAGUGAAGAGUUUGGUUGUGGACAAUAACCGAGUGGCCCUCCAGCUCUGGGACACCGCUGGCCAGGAAAGAUUUCGGAGCAUAUCCAAGCAAUACUUCCGCAAAGCCGAUGGUGUGCUGGUGAUGUACGAUGUUACAUCUGAGGUCUCCUUCACAGCCGUAAGGAAUUGGAUAGCCAAUGUCCAGGAAGGAAUUGAUGAAAGGGCAGUAAUUUGUCUACUUGGCAACAAAACAGAUGUUCUGAACUCUGAAACGCAAGGGGUGUCAAAAGUAGAAAGUGAAAGGCUAGCAAAGGAGUACAAUGCAAUUUUCUAUGAAUGCAGCGCCAGAUCAGGAUACAACAUAAUGGAACCAAUGAUGCAUGUGGCAAGAUUAUUAAGCGAACAGGAAGACAAACAGAGAGAAGAUGCCUUGCGCCUUGAAGAUGAUGUCUGUGACAAAAAAAAAGGCUGUUGUAAAUGAAAACGAUCAAAGAACAACCACCACUGCCAGAGAAAUCAGAUGCUUGAAUGCAUUUAUGGCCUUGCUAGACAUUUCUGAGCUGUAAGAAUUGCUCUGUGCUUCACCACAUUUGCCUUGGAAACCCCUUUUCCCCCAAGCCCUUGAGUUUGGUAUUAAUUUGAGCAUCUACAACACAGAUUAAACCCUGACACAGGUGAUGGAGUUUUGUGUAAGCACGAUAAUUUUAGAAUAAAUGUGACUGUAUAGACAGAAGCUAUAGCACCUUUAACAAAUUGUGAUAAAAUGCCUUGCCCAUUCUUGUAGCUGUUGUUUUAUGUGGCAUUUGUUCAUUAAUUUACUUUACUUUAGACUUUAGAGAAACAGCGUGGAAACAGGCCGUUCGGCCCACCAAGCCAACGCCGAUCAAUGAUCACCCCCAUACAUUAGCAC